AACAAACAAAGACAGCAGAGCAAAUGCAGAACAAGCACAAACGUUCAAGAACUCUUAUCGUGACAGAGUGAGAUCUACAUUCAGGAGACGGAGAUUUACCCUCAUGGCUGUUACACAAACCUUUACCAUUUUUGAGCUGGCCGGCCUUGAAGAACUUGACAAUCUGACAGGCUACGUCUAUGAAAAUACAACAGACCCACCGGUCCCCUGUGGAUUUGAGGAGAAGGGCCUGCAGACGUUCCAGCUUGUGUUCCAACCUGUGCUUCACAGUUUGAUCUUUCUGCUGGGUGUAGCAGGGAAUGGCCUGAUGACAACAGUCCUCCUGAGUCAUUGGCGCCUGCUGCGCCUCACCGAGAUCUACCUGCUGCACCUUGCCUUUGCUGAUCUAAUGCUCCUCUUUACGUUGCCUUUCAGUGUGGUGGACAACAUUGUUGGUUGGCUGUUUGGGGAGUUUCUCUGCAAGCUGGUGGGCCUGAUGAAAAAUCUUAACCUCCUCUGUGGGAGUUUACUUCUAGCUUGCAUUGGCUUUGAUCGCUAUUUGGCUAUUGUUCACGCUAUUCCUAGUUUGCAAACUCGACGUCGGAGAACAGUGCACUUAACAUGCAUUAUAUUAUGGCUGGUCUGUUUGACUGUUACAAUACCCAAUGUUGUGUUUCUUGCUGUGAAAGAGGAUAGGAGAAACACAGCCAGGCUCUCCUGUUUCUAUUAUUAUAAUCAAGAUGGAAUCCAUGCACACAACUGGGUUUUGACCAGUAGAGUCUUAGAUCAUUUGUGCUUCUUUCUUCCUAUGGCUGUCAUGAGCUACUGCUACACAGCAGUGGUUGUUACUUUGUUCAACAGCCAGAAAAGCCAAACGAGGCAAGGCGCAAUUCGACUGGCCUUACUUGUCACUAUUGUCUUUUGUGUCUGUUGGCUGCCAUAUAAUAUCACCUUACUGAUAAAAACACUGGUAGACCUGCAGCUGAUCUCAUAUAAUAGCUGUGAUUUUUAUGUUCUACUGGCGCCAGUCCUUGAUGUGACACAGAGCCUGGGUUUCUCUCACUGUUGCCUGAACCCUUUCUUGUAUGCCUUUGUGGGUGUGCGGUUCCGCAAGGAGCUAAUACAGUUACUUUGUAAACUUGGCUGCGGUCGUAUUUGUAUGCCUUUGACCAGAACUCGGCAUUGCAGUCGACCAUCCAUUUCUGAUGGAACGACAUCCAUCAGCGUCACCCACAUGUCGUAAACUCCUAUACUACGCAAGCCGCAAUUAAAAUGCUUUCUUUUUACAGUAUGUUAUGCGUAAUACUGAAAAUGUUGUAAUUGUAUUGGUUGUUCAGACAAUAUUUGACCAUUACUACUUUGUUUGCAUUUAAAAGAUGCUUUAUUUCCCCAGUCAAGAAAAAAAUGGUAUUUGCUGAAACCUGCAUUUGCUUGUAUUUAAGCUAUGCUAAUUGAAUUCAAUAAAAAAAACAUGUAUACAG